AUGGAGAACCAAUACCCCUCCACCACCUACAUGCCUCAGCCCACCAACUUUGCGCCCUUCUCGAGCUACUCGUCUCAUCACCAGCAGCAACAGCCUCAGCACCAACACCCGCAGCAUCCUCAGCACCAGCAGCAGGCCCAGCAACAACAAGUUCAGCAGCAACAAGUUCAGCAGCAACAGCACCAACAGCAGCAGGGCCCGCCGCAGCAAGAGUCAUCGCGCGACAAUCACAGCCACAACCAGACGCUGCCCCCUCUGCACACCCAAGCCGCCAACUUCGGUCAGCUGCCCUCGUUGUACAACGCCUCUGGUAGCCAUCCUCAGACCCCCACUUCGGUCCACACCCCCACCACUUCGUCCAUGGGCGCAAACAGCCUGCACGCCUUUUCGCAGCAGCAGCAGCAGCAGCAGCAGCAGCAGCAACACCAAUCGUCGCCGGCGACCACUGGUUCAAUGCUUCCUCCCUCGUCCACUUAUCUCCCUUACUCGACUUCGCAAUCCACUCUGCCUCCUGCUUCCACUGCUACGAGCGCCGCCCAGACCCCGGCCCAGGCCCGCCUGCCAGACUUGCGCCCACUCCAGCCUCAGGCUUCAUACAACUCUGUGUCGACGCUGCCUAGCUUCGGCGCAUCCGGACUUGUAGGCGCUCAGCCAUACAUGCAGAACCAUGAGUCGGAACCUACCCACGUAGUGGGGUCGCAGGGACGACGUGGCAUCUUGCCUAGUGCCCCGGGUCGUGCAGCUGCUCCUACUCCCGGUACUGCUGCUGCUGCCACGAGCAAGUCAAUGAUUCCAGCAAAAGACGCAGACGGAAAAUUCCCCUGCCCGCACUGCAACAAGACAUAUCUCCACGCCAAACACUUGAAGAGACAUCUAUUGCGCCACACUGGAGACCGACCUUACAUGUGCCAUCUGUGCAAAGAUACCUUCUCGCGUAGUGACAUUCUCAAACGCCAUUUCCAGAAGUGUUCAAUCCGUCGUGGUAACCCUACAGGCGCCAACCAUCUCGCUCACCAGCGCAGAAACACCAACGGGUCCAACCGCAUGUCCAUCAGCAGCACAGAACCAGUAGCUCUUGCCGGUCUCGCAGAAGCUGCGGGUGUGGGUGCUCCUUAUGCUAACGGGUCCAUCUUGAAUGGCGUUACCAACAGUCCUACUGUCAACGGAGAAAGCUCUUCAUACGCAUCGAGCGUGGCAUCCAUGUCCAAUCGUUCGUCUCGUGCUAACAGUCUGAUCCACCCGGGUGCUAUGACUAGUGAUGCCAGAAGCAGCCUCGCAGGCUAUCCCAACGGCGUCCCAUACAGCGGCAUGCGUCCUCAUUCAGCAUCGAACCCCAUGCCGCCAAGCUAUAGCUUUCAGAUGGCCAAUGGCGGUCAGUUUUACCCUACGAAUGUCAAGCCUGAAGAGCAGACACCAAGCGGCUACACCCACCAGCCCCCUCCGAUUAGCGAAAACCGCCAACCCAACAGCGUCCCUGACUGGUCCAUGUUUGCGCCUCAGCAUGCUCACGAUGGCUUCAUGCCACAGUCUCAUCCAAGCCAGCCGCAGAUGCCCGUAAAGACUGAGAGCGGCAUGGAAGGUCACAGCUACAACACGUCGAACGAGCACAGCAACGAGCAGCAGUUCUUUGGGGGUCUCUACUCUCAUCCGUCGGGCUUCGGCGAAGAUUCAGGUGCGCACCACCUGUCUGGUUUCCCAAACUGGAACAUGGAUCUCGUGCAGAGCGAUCCGUUGCAGGCCAAGGCCAGUGCGUUGCUGACGUACGUCCUUUCAAACAGAACAUCCUCAAGCAAUGACGCUUGCGACGAGAUGAGAAAGUGCUUGACUGUUGACAACAUCAAGCACUUCAUCGAGAAAUUCACCAGCUUCCAGGGUCACUGGCCGAUCAUCCACAUGCCCACUUUCGAAAUCCUCAAAGCCAACGAUGGCCUCGUACUAACCAUUAUCUGCAUCGGCGCCGUCUACUCCGAAAAGCGUGAUCUCUACCAAGUCCGGAGAAUGAUGGAGCUUGUCAAAGAUGCUGUCAAGAAUGGCUCAAGAGUCCACAACGUCAUCACGGGUGUCAUGCAAGAAGGCAACCAACCCUUAGGCUCACUUGAAUCCGAUAUUGAGGAGCUCCAAGCUUUGUACAUGCUCAAGGUAUUGUUCUGUUGGCACGGCACACCAAGCCAGCGUGCAAAUGCCAGGGAGAACUUCAACAUCGUUGUUGAGAUUGCCCGACGAAUGGUCAUCUCUCCUGCAGCGCCCGGGCAAGCCACUUAUAGUGUCCUCCACCAGCCUGGUCCCAUAUCACAAGAUGCACUUUCUACCUGGAGCUGGUCUUCCUGGAUUGCGCAAGAGAAACGCAGCAGAGUCGCCUUCACUCUGUUCUUGCUCGAUGCCGCUCUUGUCAUGUACUUCAACAACGAGCCUAAGUUCGAUCCACUCGAGUUCCGUCUGCCAUUACCUUGCGACGACGCUGCUUGGGAGGCUAAGACUGAGCAAGAAUGUCGUGAUGCGCUAGGUCUGAAUGGUCCAUCGAAACUGGUCCAUAACGCUUGUGGCAGUCAGCGACCCCGCCAACCUGACAUGAGAAGUGCUAUGCGAGGUCUGAUGGAGCCCAACUACACGUUUUCGUCGCGAUCCACGAACAUUUACUCCAAGUUUAUUCUCAUCCAUGCGCUUCUUGUUCAGAUUUGCAAGUACCAGCGCUCAAGUUUCUUGCAGAACAUCACAGGCCAAUUUGGACAUGGUGCGACAACAAGCGGCCCUGGUACACCACUUGGACACAACGACUGGAUCGCUUCAGACGGCAAUGGCAAAGCUGGCACUCCCAAUGACAUGCAACAAAUUCAAAACGCGCAAAUCCAGCCUGUUCUCAAAUCCAUCCAACUCGCCAUGAGCAAGUGGAAGUCAAUCUGGGACAUGGACAUCGCUAUCCAAUACCCACAAAACGGCAUCGGUUACCGCCGCUUCGGUUUCUCUCGAGACGGAAUCCACUUUUUCUACCUUGGUCAAUCGUUGUUACGCUCAACGAAAGCUUCGGAGUGGACAGCACCGCCAGAUCUUCGCUUUCUGCAGAUCAUGGGUCUGCUGAAAAAGAUCAAAGGUUUCGUCUCCAAUGAGAACACUCAGGGCGGUCUGGAUACCGGUUCUGUCGGCGACAUUGACGAUACUUAUGGAGUCGGGGACCUUACACUCGACAUGAAACUGCUAUUCAAGCCCAUGGGAGAGGCAGAUAGUCCUAUAGCAGGCGUUCGCACGGAUACGAUACGAUGA